GGAAAGAGAGAGGGACAGAGAGAAAGAGAGGGAAAAAACAGAGGAAAAUAGACUUCUCUGAGACAUCUGCGGGAUUACUCUAAUAGUGUGUUUGGGUGUGUGUAUGUGACUUUUCCUGGGCAUGGAUACCCCACUGACCACCCUCCUCCUCCUCACCCUCCUCCUCCUCACCCUCCUCCUCCGCUCCCUCUCCCUCAUUCAUGGGGCCAUGGACUCCUGCUACGAUGACAACCAGGGUGUCCCAAGCCGCUGCAUGGCCAAGUUUGAGAACGCAGCCUUCAACCGCACGGUCAUGGCCUCUAACGUGUGCGGUUCGACCCCGGAGGACUACUGCAUGCAGAUGGGCUCGACGCGGUCCUGCCACCACUGUAGAGUGUCGGACCCGGGCCUCAGCCACAACGCCAGCCUGCUGACGGACUUCCACACGGAUGAGGAACCUACCUGGUGGCAGAGCCAGUCCAUGUUCUACGGAGUCCAGCACCCUAACUCUGUAAACCUCACCCUGCACCUCAGCAAAGCCUUUGAGAUCACCUACGUGAGCCUCAAGUUCUACACCAGUCGACCGGAGAGCUUUGCCAUCUACAAGCGAACAAGUGAGGAUGGACCAUGGAUCCCCUACCAGUACUACAGCGCCUCCUGUACCAAGACCUAUGGGAAGAACGACAAGGGAUACAUUCGCCCGGGGGACGAUGAGAGGAUGGCAGUCUGCAACGACGAGUUCAGUGACAUCUCCCCUCUGACCGAGGGCAAUGUGGCCUUCUCUACCCUGGAGGGACGACCCAGCGCAUACAACUUUGACCAGAGCGCCGUGCUACAGGAGUGGGUGACAGCCACUGACCUGCUCAUCUCUCUGGACACGCUCAACACAUUCGGAGAUGAGUUCUUCAAGGACGCCAAGGUGCUGCGAUCCUACUUCUACGCCAUCUCCGAUUUCUCCGUAGGCGCCAGGUGUAAGUGUAAUGGCCAUGGCAGUGAGUGUGUGUUGGACGAGCAGGGGGCUCUGGUGUGUGACUGCCAGCAUCACACUGUCGGGCUGGACUGCCAAAGGUGUCACCCAUUCUACCAGGACAGGCCUUGGGCCAGGGCCACCGGAGACUCUGCCAACCAGUCCUACCCAUGUAACUGCAGUGGGCAGGCGGAUGUGUGUGUGUUCGAUGCGGAGCAGUACCGCAGCACAGCAAGUGGGGGGCGCUGUGUAGACUGUAGGGACCAGACUGAUGGACCGCAUUGUGAACGCUGUAGAGAGAACCACUACCGACGGUCACCACAGGACCCCUGCAGCCCCUGUGACUGUAACACCAUGGGUAAACCAUUCUGCAGUGUGGUGGGGAAGUAUGAGUGCAGACCCAGUGUGUCAGGGGUGAAGUGUGACACCUGUCAACCCGGUUUCCACUCCCUCAGCCCUGGUGGCUGCAGGUUGUGUGACUGUGACCGUAGGGGCAGUGUGGGUGUCUGCUCUGUGCUGGAUGGUGGCUGUCACUGCAGGGUUAACGUGGAGGGACAGGCGUGUGACAGGUGUAAGCCAGGCUCCUUCAACCUGCAAGAGAACAAUCCAGCUGGAUGUACGCCCUGUUUCUGCUUCAGACACUCAUUGGCCUGUAGAUCGUCCAAUCACCAUGCAGCUGUCAACAUCACAUCGGACUUUCUUGAAGACACAGAUGGCUGGUCAGGACAGUUUUCCGGGGGACAGGAGUAUUCUCUGCUGUGGAAGGAAGGGGAGGUCUACAUGCUACCACUCAGUGAGGAUGAUCUCGGCUUCUACAGAGCUCCAGAGAGGUUCCUGGGGAACCAUCUCCUGAGCUACGGCCAGCUCCUUUCCCUGACCUUCACGGCCGAGGCCCAGUACCUCCUCCCUCACAGUGCCACAGUGCUCCUGGAAGGAUCGGGAACCACCCUGUCAGCUGUCCUUUCACCCCAACAUGGACCUGUCCACCAGCCGGGCCUCGCUCCCCAGCACACCUUCACUCUCAGACUCCACAAGGAGGAGACGAGGCUGAGGCCUUGUUUGUCUGCCUUCCAGUUCCACCAUCUUCUCUUCAACCUCACUGCUCUACAGAUCAGCAACGCAGGAGGACACAACUACACGUCCCAACUCUCAGGGGUAACCCUGGCUUCCGCUGCCCCCUUCUCCAGUCCUGUUAUCCCCUCUACCCCUCCUGCACUCUGGGUAGAGGUGUGUACAUGCCCUCCUGGAUUUGGGGGUCAGUUCUGUGAGCUUUGUGCCCCAGGAUUCAGCAGAGAGGUCCCUAACGGAGGACCCCUGUCUCCCUGUGUGCCUUGCACCUGCCACCAGCAUGGACCAUGCCACCCUGAGACAGGUGUGUGUGUGUGUAUCGACUUCACCACAGGACCAACCUGCGAGCGUUGUCUGGGCGGUUACUAUGGUAACGCGUUGAUUGGCACGCCCAAUGACUGCAGACCUUGUCCCUGCCCGGACCGUACCAGCUGUGCUCAAAUGAGCACGGGGGAGGUGGUCUGUACCAACUGCCCUUCGGGACAGAGGGGCAUCAGAUGCGAGAUGUGCGAGGACAGUUUCCACGGCGACCCCCUGGGCCGGUCAGGGCCGGUUCAACCGUGCGACUGUAACGAUAAUGUGGAACCCAACGCGCUGAGCGUGUGUGAUCACAUGACGGUGUGCCUGGGACACACCGAGGGAGACCAUUGCCAACGCUGCCGACAAGGUUACUAUGGGGACGCCCUGGACCGCACUGUGGCCCAGAAGUGCAAACUGUGCCAGUUGGGACGCAACCUGUGUCUGCUCUGCUCAGCUGCGGCUGCAGUCCUGCAGGGACUUCUGGGUCGUUGGAGUCAUGUGACCGGGCGAGACUGUGGUCAGUGUGAGGUGGGCUUCUUCAACCUGCAGUCUGGACCUCUCUCCAACCCUACCUCCCCUUGUCCCUCUCUCCAACCCUGCCUCCCCUUGUCCCUCUCUCCACCCCUGCCUCCCCCUGUCCCUCUCUCCAACCCUACCUCCCCUUGUCCCUCUCUCCAACCCUGCCUCCCCUUGUCCCUCUCUCCACCCCUGCCUCCCCCUGUCCCUCUCUCCACCCCUGCCUGUUCCUCUCUCCACCCCUGCCUCCCCCUGUCCCUUUCUCCACCCCUGCCUCCCAUAUCCCUCUCUCCACCCCUGCCUCCCCCUGUCCCUCUCUCCACCCCUGCCUCCCCCUGUCCCUCUCUCCACCCCUGCCUCCCCCUGUUCCUCUCAGCGUGUAAUUGCAACCCAAUGGGUUCCAGCUCCAUGCAGUGCCACACCAACGGCACCUGUCCCUGCCGCCAGGGCUUCGUGGGGUACAGGUGUGACCAAUGUGAGCUCAACUACUUCCACAACAGAGCCACACACCAGUGUGAGGAGUGCCACGUCUGCUAUGGGCUAGUCAAGGAGCAGGCAGGGAGGCUGAAGGCUCGGCUGCAGGAUUUGGAGAAUCUCCUAGCACGCUUCGACUGCCGGAGGGGCUACGGGAACCACCAUCAUAUGCGGGAGUAUCACAUGCGACAGCUUCACAAGCGACAGCAUCACGAGCGACAGCAUCACGAGCGUGGGCAUCAGGGGGAGGACAGCCUGCCCAAUGCGCUGGAGGACUUCCUGGCUAUCCAAGAGGCAAAGGAAGCCUUGGUUAAACAGUUUGCUCUCAUGGAGUCUACACACACUCUCUCAGCCCAGCUGCACAAUGUUACCCCAGCUAUGAACUGUAGUGCUAGCAUGGAAGAAGAGCAGGAGGAGGAGAAAAAGGAGAAGGGGAAGGAGGACGGGCGGAGAACAUUGUGUAGUACCCUUGGUGACACUCUAUCAUUGGUCAGAAGUGCACAGACACAGCUGAAGCAGGCAACACUGGACCUGGACAACAUGGUCAUUCCUUUCGAGGUGCCACCGGUGCCCAACCGAUGGAACUCAGCAGUGAACCAAUCAGAGGUCCUUAUGAAAAGCCACACAGAGAUGUCUGGUCAUAUAGAGUCUAUAGCUACCAAUGCAUUCAUGGCCUCCAACCAGACCUACUCUCUACUGAUGGACCUACUGGAGGACAACUCUACAAAGGAAUACAUCAGUAACCUCACAGAGCAACUGGCAGACAUGCAGCAGAUAAAGGAGAAUCUGACUGCCCAAGUGAAUAGGACUCUAGCCAAUCAAUUGUCUCUGGAGGAGGAGUCUGCUGAUGUCUUGAUUGCCCUAGGAAACUUCACCUUCUCCCUAUUGGAGCUGUCCCAGAGGAGGCCCAAAUCCACAUCAGGAACCAACCAAUCAGAUCUCAGACCAACACAGGGUUACAUCCAAUCAGACCCCAGCCUCGCACCGGCUGCCAAUCAAUCAGAGGAUGUUGAGCUAAGCAACAGGACAGCUGAGCUGGCGUUUAAUGUCCAGUCUAAAGAUGAGCUGGUCAAUAAGAUCAGAGAGGAGAUGGAGCCUUGCAUACAGACCGCUCACAACAACAUGGCUGCUGUAAAGGAUAUUUACAAGCUGACAGCUCAUGCUGGGGUCAAAGGGGGUCAGAGGUCCUGGCCCUGUCAUUGGUGGUGACAGGGAAAGAAAUGGAGUCAGAGGUCAUCGCCCUGCGGAGAGAACUGGAAGACAUGCAGAGAGAGUGGCCUCGAAGGCUGGGCCAGACCAAGGCUGCUCUGAAGAAGGAGACGCUGCUGAGGGAGAAGGUUUUAGAAGACAUCAAUAAGAAGGUGAACCAGACAGAGAGAGUCCUGAGGCCUGCCCUGGAUAACGCUA